AUGACGGACGACUCAACGGCGACCACGACCGUCAAGCUCGCGGUGCUCAUCGACGCCGACAACGCGCAGCCCAGCCGCGUCAACUACCUCCUCGCCGAGAUCGCCAAGUACGGGACCGCGUUCGUCAAGCGCGCGUACGGCGACUGGACGGGCACGAGCCUCAAGGGGUGGAAGGACAAGCUGCUCGAGUGCUCGAUCCAGCCGGUGCAGCAGUUCGCCUACACGACGGGCAAGAACGCCACCGACGCCGCCAUGGUCAUCGACGCCAUGGACCUGCUCUACUCGGGCCGCUUCGACGGCUUCUGCAUCGUGUCGAGCGACAGCGACUUUACGCGCCUGGCGUCGCGCAUCCGCGAGUCUGGGCUCGUCGUGUAUGGCUGUGGCGAGCGCAAGACGCCUAGGCCGUUUGUCACGGCGUGCGACAAGUUUAUCUAUGUUGAGAAUCUGGUGCCCGCUGCUGUGGGUGGUGAUGUCGCCGCCGCUGUUGGCGCUUUCGACCCUGUUCGUGCCCACCCCCGAGACCCGGAUGAGAUGCAGGUGCAGAUGCCGCAACAGCAGCAGCAGCCGGCCCCGGCGCUGAGGGUAGACACCGACGUCGCGGCGGGGCUGGUGCGGGACGCCAUCAUCGCGCUGUCCGACGCUGACGGUUUUGCCAACCUGGCCGGCGUGGGCAGCCUCGUCACUAAGUGGUACUCGGCCUUUGAUCCCCGGACCUAUGGAUUCGACAAGCUCGCCCACUUGGUCCAGGCGAGGCCCGAGUUCGAGGUCAUCAAGAGAACCCCGAGGGUGGGAAAGCCGCCUGUUGUGUACGCGCGGGUCAAGUCGCAGUCUUCUCCUUGA